GUGUAUCUUCGUAGCAAAUACAAGGAAAAACUUUGGCACCACGUCCAUUUUCCCGAUUGUGUAGAUUGAACAAAAACAAUGAUAUAAAUACCGUUUAAUAACGUACGUUGACUGGAUUUACGCGAUUUUAAGUGCAUCCAAGUGUUAUCGCUACUAUUUUUCGUUGCACCAUAAAGUUGAUAAUCGUAUGCCCUAGAUACUUAUAAAAUGAGGCGUUAUUCGGUUCCUAAUCCAUAGUGAUGUCAUCUUACGUUGAAGAGUUUUUUUUCUUGUUUCAAUCAACUAAACACAAUUAAUUCAGACGUGCUUUGUUUGUUUUUCUUUAAAUAUUGUUGGUUCGUUAAAAGUAAUGUUUCGUUAAGUGCUGUUUUAUAAAUAAUCAUUUCCAAUGGAGACGCAGAGCAACGUUAUAAGGCUUUCAAAGGAAGACAUUCCGUUGAUAUCGAGGCCAAAGAAUGACAGCUCAUGGAUGAGAUGUUGCACUUGGAUGUGGCGAAGAUGUUGCAGGGAAAGAGAGCUCAGAGCAAGAACUAUCCACAUUGGUCAAUCUUUGCACGAAAAAUUUCCCACCAAUGUUAUCAGGAACCAAAAAUACAAUUUCAUCACAUUUUUACCACAGGUUCUUUUUCAGCAGUUCAAAUUUUUUUUAAAUCUCUACUUCCUCGUAAUGGCAUUGUCUCAGUUUAUUCCUGAUAUAAGAAUUGGGUAUCUAUAUACAUACUGGGGUCCUUUGGGCUUCGUCUUAACAGUAACAAUUUGCCGAGAAGCUGCUGAUGACUUCAGGAGAUACAAGAGGGACAAAGAAGUCAAUGGACAAAAGUAUCAGCGAAUAGUGAGAGGAAGGAAUACUCCAGAGCUCGUACCUAGCUCAAAAUUACGUGUUGGUGACUUGGUGAUUGUGGAAAAAGGCCAAAGAGUUCCAGCCGAUUUAGUUCUCCUGCGGACUACAGAAAAGUCUGGAGCGUGUUUUGUUAGAACGGAUCAACUGGAUGGAGAAACAGACUGGAAGUUGCGCUUAGCAGUUCCUGCUACACAGAAAUUGGAUAAUGAUACCCAGUUAUUUGAUAUUAAAGCCAGCUUAUAUGUCGAAAAACCUCAGAAGGAUAUACAUAGCUUUAUUGGAACCUUCACUAGAUAUGAUGGAUAUAGUAGCGAAGAAAGUCUUGGCGUGGAUAAUACGUUAUGGGCAAACACUGCUAUUGCCUCAGGGUCAGCCUUAGGGAUAGUUGUUUAUACUGGACAAGAAACGAGAUCACUGAUGAACCAUUCAGCUCCAAGAUCAAAAGUUGGUCUGUUGGAUCAAGAAAUCAACCAGUUAACUAAGGUCUUGUUCGGUGCAGUGAUUGGUCUCGCCUUGGUGAUGAUGUGCUUGAAAGGUUUCAACGGUCCUUGGUACCGUUACAUGUUUCGUUUCGUUCUUUUGUUCUCAUACAUAAUUCCGAUAAGUUUGAGAGUCAAUUUGGAUAUGGGGAAAUCAUUUUAUGCCUGGUGUAUCCAAAGAGACAAAGAAAUUGCUGGUACUGUUGUCAGAACGACUACCAUUCCAGAGGAAUUGGGCAGAAUAUCGUACUUGUUAAGUGACAAAACAGGAACAUUGACACAAAAUAUAAUGGUUUUCAAGAAACUACAUUUGGGAACUGUGUCAUAUGGACAAGAAACGUUUGAUGAAGUUAAUUCUGUCUUGAGGUCAUAUUAUGCAACAGCUAGCUCUGAAAAUUCGCCUCUAAGGGUAUCAAUUGUUUCUCAUGGUGGUAAAGUCAGGCGAUCUGAGAGUACAAGGAUUUAUGAAGCUGUUCAUGCUCUUGCUUUGUGCCACAAUGUUACCCCUGUUCAUGACCAAUCUACUCCAGCUAACAAUCUGGAUUCAGUGAGCGUGGAAACCGGGGACACAGGCUCUAUUCAGAGUCAAACGGAGGCAGAUCAGCAUUAUUAUCCGACAGAGGAAAAGCUAAAUUAUCAAGCUUCGAGUCCUGAUGAAGUUGCUUUAGUGAAGUGGACGGAAGAAGUUGGUUUAGCUCUCAUCAAACGUGAUCUGGCAUCCAUGCAGUUGAAAGCACCAAAUGGCAAAAUUUUGAACUAUCAUAUCCUGCAAAUUUUCCCCUUUACAUCUGAAACCAAAAGGAUGGGCAUCAUUGUAAGGGAAGAAUCGAGUGGUGAAACUGUAUUUUAUUUGAAAGGAGCAGAUGUCGUUAUGGCAGGAAUAGUGCAAUACAAUGAUUGGCUAGAAGAGGAGUGUGGAAAUAUGGCCAGGGAAGGCUUAAGAACUUUGGUCGUUGCUAAGAAAACCUUGACCGAAGAACAAUAUUUGGAUUUCGAAACCAGAUAUAAUGCAGCACGAAUGUGCGUUAGUGACCGAGCUUCCAGAGUCACCGCAGUCGUAGAAAGCCUUGAAAGGGAGAUGGAAUUGCUGUGUGUGACUGGCGUGGAAGAUAAGCUGCAAGAUCGUGUUAGGCCAACACUAGAGCUGUUGAGAAAUGCUGGAAUAAAGAUCUGGAUGUUAACUGGCGAUAAACUGGAAACUGCGACUUGUAUAGCAAAGUCUUCCCAACUGGUUUCACGAACUCAAGGACUGCACGUUUUCAAAUCCGUAGUAACAAGAACAGACGCACAUUUAGAGUUGAAUACAUUCCGAAAAAAGCAGGAUUGUGCAUUAGUGAUCAGUGGAGAUUCUCUCGAAGUAUGCCUGCAGUAUUACGAAAAUGAAUUUUUAGAACUAGCAUGUAGUUCACCAGCUGUGGUUUGCUGUCGAUGUUCACCAACUCAAAAAGCAGAAGUAGUUACCCUUAUUCAACAGCAUACUAAGAAACGAACUGCAGCGGUUGGUGACGGCGGUAAUGACGUUUCAAUGAUACAAGCAGCAGAUGCUGGCAUCGGGCUGGAAGGUUUGGAAGGACGUCAGGCAUCUUUAGCAGCUGAUUUUUCGAUUCCUCAAUUUAGUCAUCUUGCGAAUUUGUUGUUGGUUCAUGGGAGACGUAGUUAUAAACGAUCUGCCGCUCUGAGUCAAUUCGUCAUCCAUCGUGGCCUCAUUAUCUCUACAAUGCAGGCUGUAUUUUCAGCAGUUUUUUACCUAUCAUCUGUGGCACUGUAUCAGGGAUUUUUGAUGGUUGGCUAUGCUACAAUCUACACAAUGUUUCCCGUAUUCUCGUUGGUCUUGGAUAAAGACGUUUCAGGGAAAAUAGCUCUUACUUAUCCAGAACUUUAUAAGGAGCUCAGUAAAGGACGCUGUUUGUCUUAUAAAACAUUCUUCAUGUGGAUUCUAAUAAGCAUAUACCAAGGAGGAGUUAUAAUGUAUGGGGCCCUGAUUAUGUUUGAGGAUGAAUUUAUUCAUAUAGUGGCAAUCAGCUUCUCAGCAUUGGUACUGACAGAGUUGAUUAUGGUGGCCUUGACCGUUCGAACGUGGCACCAAAUUAUGGUUCUUGCUGAAAUCUUGUCUUUGGCGUUAUACUUGUUAUCUUUGGUGGUUUUAAAGGAUUAUUUCGAUGCUGAAUUUAUAAAGACAACAGAUUUCCUAUGGAAAGUACUAGUGAUAACUUUGGUAUCAUGUAUGCCGUUGUAUAUUUUGAAAUUCUUACGGAAAAAGUUCUCGCCGCCGAGUUAUACAAAGUUAUCUUAAAUCUAUGUGAUAAGUCUGACUGGAGGAUCUGUGUAAUCGACAAAAACUCUACCCUGAAGGAUCAAUUAUUUAAUAAAAAAAAAUUGUCACAAUGAAAUAAUUAUACGGUAUUAUACAUAUUUCUUGUUAAAGUAUUUGAUGGCACUCACGUGAAGUUGCACCGAAUUUUAGGUGAACUCACUUUAAUCGAAUUCGUAAGCCUUUAUUGGCUCGAAUAUUCGAAGUGAGAUGCUGAUUAGUCAAGUUUUUCAUGGAAACACUAGAAUUUUAUCACAAAUACGAGAGAUCUCACCACAAAAUGAAGAAUCGUUCAGUUUGGAUUACACUUCGUGUUACAAAAAAAACGUGUAAUACGAAUAUUUCCGGCAUAUGUCUUGAACAAAACUGCCCACACGUUAUUUAUACCGAUGUUUUCCUUGAUUACAAAACUUAAAUUGUGAAUUUGAAGCUUAGAGCAGUUUUUUUUCGACUGGAGUUUACAAGUUCUCUUGUCACAUGGAUUUCUGAGAAUAAUUAGUCAAUCAGCUCCUAGCUGCAGUCUAUGGUAAUUAUUUUUUGGUUUAGAAUUUUUUUUUCGAGACGAGAUGCGUAUUAUAAUUUUUGCCAAUUUUUCCGAGUCUGCUUUGCUUUUAUUUCUAAUAAUUUACGGACAAAAUGCAUAUAAUAGUUCACACUAUGUGAUCCUAUUCUAUCUAAGCACUUCAAUGUUGAAGAUGAAAAAUGCAAUAUUUAAUUGCUGAUUACUUUCACGCCCAUUGAAGAAUGAAGUGUGUACCAUAUUGAACAAAUCCUGGUGAUCACGUUGAGCCAAUAUUUAAACGUACCUAUAUAUUAAAAACGAUAAAUAAGAUAAGCUCGAUAACUAUUAAAAAUAUACAUAGAUUAUAUAUAUAACUGAUUGUACCAUAAUCUGUUUUUAGGUAAUUUAUGCAAAAAUAAAAUAAUAUAUUAAAUA